CUCGAGACCUGGCGGAAGUGUCGCCGAGCCUGCCGGAAGUGGCGAGCGAUCUUGUCCGUUCGGAGGAUGGAGGAGGAGAGCCUGGAAGCCCGUAUCAAUCGGGCCACAAACCCUCUAAAUAAAGAGCAAGACUGGGAAGAUGUUCAGGCUUUCUGUGAUCAACUGAACCGGGAUCUAGAAGGACCUCAGCUUGCAACCAGACUUCUGGCGCACAAAAUACAGUCACCGCAAGAAUGGGAGGCUAUGCAAGCACUCACGGUCCUGGAAGCAUGUAUGAAAAACUGCGGCAAACGUUUUCACAGCGAGGUUGGAAAAUUCCGGUUCCUUAAUGAGCUGAUAAAAGUAGUAUCCCCAAAGUAUCUAGGCUCUCGAUCUCCAGAGAAAGUGAAGCUAAAGAUUUUGGAGCUUUUGUAUAGUUGGACUUUAGGACUUCCAAAUGAGGUUAAAAUCUCAGAGGCCUACCAGAUGCUAAAAAAGCAAGGUAUAUUGAAAGAGGAUCCAAAGUUACCCCCUGAAGCCAUGAUCCCACCUCCCCCUCCACGACCAAAAAAUGCUAUAUUUGAUGAUGAAGAUAAGUCUAAGAUGUUAGCUCGACUCCUGAAGAGUUCCCAUCCAGAAGAUUUAAGGGCUGCUAAUAAGCUGAUUAAAGAGAUGGUCCAGGAGGACCAAAAACGAAUGGAGAAAAUCUCAAAACGUGUAAAUGCCAUUGAAGAAGUGAAUAACAAUGUGAGGCUAUUGAGUGACAUGUUGAGCCAGUACAAUUCAGGGCAAACAUCGGAAGGGAAUGAGGACUUAAUGAAGGAACUGUACCAGCGCUGUGAAAAAAUGAGGCCCACACUGUUCCGUUUGGCCAGUGACACAGAAGACAAUGAUGAAGCCUUGGCGGAAAUACUACAGGCGAACGAUAGUUUGACACAAGUCAUCAACACAUACAGGCAGGUGGUGAAAGGAGAAGUUGUCAAUGGCGAAACUGCAUCAAGUAGCAUGCCAGCCAGCUCCUCUGCACUGCUGGACCUCUCAGGGCUGGACAUAGCUUCAGCAGCUGCCCCUUCUUACCCCUCUGUUCCAGCCUUGCCCUUGCAGUUUUCAUCCGGUACCCCUGUACAGAACUCUGCAUCCAUAUCCUUGCUAGAUGAUGAACUUAUGUCCCUUGGUUUAAAUGACCCUGUUCCUCUUGCACAACCUUCAGAAUCCUCUGCAUGGAAUAGUUUCCAGUCCUCAGAAAGUACCGAACCAGCUUUGAAUGAGAAAGGGGCUUCUUCUAUUCACCAACCACCACCACAGGGAAAUAAAGCUCUGGAAGAUCUUGAUCUUCUCGGGAAAACACUACUGCAACAGUCAUUGCCAGCUAGCAGUCUCCAAGUACGAUGGGAAAAACCCCAGCACAAACUAACCCUGCGUGACCUUCAGAAUAAAGCUACCCCUGGAGUUUCUCCUCCUCAGCCAGCUGCUGCUCCAGGGACCAUUCCAUCUCUUAGUGGAGACCAUUCAGUUGCGUCCCCUGUGAAAGCAGAAACGUUUCUGGCAAAUGUCACUGUACCUCUGGAGUCCAUCAAACCUAGUAGCAUCCUCCCAGUAACUGUGUAUGACCAGCGCAGUUUCCGGGUACUCUUUCACUUUGCUCAGGAUCCCCCUGCAGGGAGGCCAGAUGUCCUUGUUGUUGUUAUCUCCAUGCUGAGCACAGCACCGCUCCCAGUCACUGGCAUAAGCUUCCAAGCCGCAGUGCCCAAGACAAUGAAGGUGAAGUUGCAACCAGCAACUAGCAGUGAGCUCCCACCUUUCAAUCCUAUUUUGCCUCCGUCUGCCAUCACUCAGGUGCUGCUGCUGGCAAAUCCUGCUCAGGAGAAGGUGCGCCUACGAUACAAACUUACCUACACCCAAGGGGAUCAGUCGUUCGAUGAGAUGGGAGAUGUAGAAGAGUUUCCUCCAGUGGAGAAAUGGGGCAACCUCUAAGGAACGUGCAGAAAAGAAAAUGAAGAGAAAUAGGGGCAGAAACUUUAUAAGCAAAGCAUGGAGCCCUCUCUCCUUACUUGGAAGAUCUACUAAAGAUGAUGGCUAUCCAGAAGUGGAAUGCAGAAGUGGCAGUGGCAGGCACACCCAGGACUGCAGUAGAUAAAUCAAUCUGAAUUAUAUGGCUGCUCUUUAUUAAGAUUUUUUUUAAUCCAAAGCUCCAAACACUUUACUGUUACAUGGAUACUACUGGGGGGCAAUAUGAAUUGGCGCAAGGUAUAGUAGCAAUUGGGAUGAACAAAAAAAAGAAAGUAACCUUCUCUAAUAGUACAACCCUUUGCUUGCUCUUUAUUUUUUCUUCAUUCAAACUAUUGUUUUUUUUUUUUCUUUGUUUGCUUCCCUCCCACUUAAUUUUCUGUAUACUAGUCUGUGCUAGAGGAGUCUGUAAUGUGCUACCAAACGACUAUUGGAAAAGAGUGUAUUGCUUCCAGUGGUCCCUUCAUUAAACUAUAAACAUUUACCUCAGAAGAAA